AACCCUAAAGUUUUGAUACCUAAAAGAAAGACCUUUUUUGAAAUUUGAACAAACUAAUAAACCUGAUACCACCAAUCGCGAUCCCUUAGGUUUCCGUUGAAGUCGUGAGAAUCGUCUGGCUUUGAUCGGAUACAACAGCAAGUAUGAGUACUGUUCGUAAGAAAAGGGCUCGAAUUUUAUCCUCCGAUUCGGACGACGUUGAUCAAGGAAACCCUAAAACUCACGAGAAUGGUAAAAUUGGAGGAAAGACUCGAAAUUUAGGGCAAAGUAAGGGAGGUGAUACUGAGAGUGUUGUAAAGUCUAAUACUUGUUUUGUGUGUGAUGGGAAAGACAAUUGGGUGUUGGUAUGUUAUGGAGAGGAAUGUCCUAUAGCUAUUCAUCAGAAUUGUGCAUGUGAUGAACCUGAUUUCGAUGAAUUCGCCAAUUUUUAUUGUCCUUACUGUUGGUAUAAGCGUGUAGUUGUCAAGUGUUUGGAACUAGAAAAGAAGCUUAUGGUGAGUGACAAGUCUAGGAAGGGAUGUAGAGAGAGUCUAGGAGGAGUAGAUUUGGGUUUUAUUAUGGAGAAAGAAGCUGGAGGUGUCCAGAAUUUAGUGGAGGUUAAUGUAUCAGGAGGUAGAACUAGAACAUUAGCAAGUGGUAAUCUUACUGGGAAUAUAAGAGAAGGUGAUGGAUUAAACAGUAAAUGCAUGGUAAUGGAGAAGAAUCAGAUAAUGCAAGAAGUUGCGGCUCAGACUCAUUCUCGGGGAAAUUCUAAGGGUGAUGAUGCUGAUGUGGAUGAGGGAAGACAGCAGCGAGGAAGAUUGAGUGAGAUAAAUCAUGAAACUUUGGAUGUGUGCAAUGUUAAUGCGGGUGAGGGAAGAAAUAAGGCAAGAGGUAGUGAGAAGAAGCAUGGAAAGGUACAAGCGCGCAAUUCUGAUGUAGGUGAGGAAAGAAAGCAGCAGAGAAGAUGUGAUGAUAUUAAUCAUGAAACAGCACAAGCGCACAGUUUUGUUGUGGGUGUCAAAACACGAGAGACGAGGAGAUACAGUGAGAAGAACCAGCAAAACAAAAUAGUUGCAGGAACUCAUGAGCAGGCCGUCUUUAUCAACGAUAAAGGAACACAAGCUUGUGAUUCUGAUUUGGGUGAGGGAAGAAGUGGGCAAGAAUAUUUCCAUGAGAACAACCAGCAAAAGAAAGUGUCAUCUACUGAAAGAUGUGAGCUCCCUAGGACCGAUAAAAGAGUGUCACACGGUUGUGGAUUAGGGGAGGGGAGAGAUUGUGAUGGGAGACAUAUUGAAAAGAACCAGCAUACCGAAACUAUUGAAACUGAAACUCUGGGGAAGGAAGUGUUUAAGGAUAUGAAGAAAAAGCGGGAACGAGGAGCGGAGAGAGAUGGAGAUGAGUUUUAUUUCGCGGAGAAUCAAGACAGACAGUACCAACCUGAUAUGAGAAACAAUGAUGUGGCCUUCAAUAAGCAAGCGACUUGUUUCAGCACAGAUGAACAAGAAGAGCGAAAGUCUGUAUCGUCUAUUUCAUCUCCGGAGUCUAUAAACAAUGUUAAGGACCCUAAUGUAGCUUCUCAAGAGUUAGCUUUGAUCAUCCACCCUAAGGCUGGUGUACAAGAACGACCUAUCGAAGCACGACCUAUUUGCUCUGUCUCUUCAAAGAAACCAUCUUUUCAACCUGAAAAAUACGGACACAAAAGUUACCUGGAGAAGAAUGGAACUACGUCUAAUGAUCCCGGACAAAGGAAGUUUGUUUUAUGCAGUGCUAAAAAACGGAAAAGACUAUUUUGGACGCAGGCAGAAGAAGAAAUGCUUAGGGUUGGUGUGCAGAAAUUCCCCGGCGAGAGGAAUAUUCCAUGGCGCAAAAUCUUGGAAUUUGGUCGGGAUGUGUUUCACGAUGAACGGGCUCCAAGCGACCUCAAGGACAAGUGGAAGACGUUGAACAAAAUGCCUUCUGACACGGGGAAAUGGGUAAACCUUUCAACUGAAAGACAACCGAAUUACUAUGUGUCUGAAGUUAGUUCUGAAUGAGCUAUCGGAUUUUGCAAGCAUUAGAGCUUAGAGGAGUAGUAGAUAGAGCUUUGCAGUUUUUGUACAACCUUGUUCAUAGUUUGUUAAUUGUAUAUUGUAGCAAAACUAAUCUUACCUUUCUAAUUUGUAUGUCCUCGCCAAUGUAGAGAAUUUAUAAGAGUAAGAUGAUUUUUCAUGACACUUGAACAAAAGUUUAUUAUACUAAAA